AUGACCACACAGUAUGUCAACGGCCUGAUUCCGCGCAUCCGGAGAAUUCUGGAGCAGUCUGACUUAUCCACCGUCUCGGCCAAGGCCGUUCGCAAGCAGCUGAUAGCUGGCGGAGAGGAUGCGGAUACGAUCAAGGAGCACAGAGGGCUGAUUGACGAGCGGAUCGGCGAAAUCUACGAGGAGUUAACAGCGGACAAUGAAGAGGAAGACGAGUCCGAGGAUGAUCGGAAACCGACGGCCAAGUCCGAGUCGGCCGAGCCCGCGAGCAGUCAACCAGAGCCGCUGUCGGCCAAGCAUGAGCAGACGGAUGCGGCGAUGGCCGCGCAGCUGCAGGCCGAGUACGACGCUGCCAUGCGCGGGUCACGGGGACGGAGAGCGGCUGCGCCCCCGAAGAAGACACCUAAGAAGAAGGUGUCGAAGAAGCGGGUCGCGUCAGACUCGGAUGAGGAGCAGCCGAAGAAGAAGCGCGGCGGCGGUGGAGGCGCGUUCAACAAGGAGCUGCUGCUGAGUGACACGCUCUCCGCGUUUGUGAACGAGACAAAGCUCUCGCGGCCGCAGACGGUGAAGCGGAUCUGGGAUUACAUCAAGGCGAACGAUCUGCAGGACCCGAACGACAAGCGGUACAUUCUGUGCGACGACAAGAUGAAGACUGUGUUUCACACGGACAAGCUGCACAUGUUCACGAUGAACAAGCUUCUGGCGGAGCACUUCCGCGACCCGGACCACGUCCUUCCGCCGAAGAAGGAGGAGCAUUAA